CAUUGAGAGCGCGUGCCAAGUAAACUAAUACUACGUUAUACAAAUCACAAGUAAACGUUUCGGUGCAACAACAUUGUUCUUUGUUGUAAUACACGCGCGCAAACGUUUUACUACUUUUUCCAUGGGAGGAGUGUAUGUACUCUGUCCACCGGAGCCAAUAGCGUAACAGCUACAGUGGUGUAGACGUCCAUGAUUCGUCCUUGUUGAAUGGCAUAACCAAUCACCUUACCAUCGCACCGAAUCCAUCGGCCCAAUAGCUGAUGAGUGCUGUGUCACAUGGAGCAGGUGCAGCUUGCAUCCACAUAUGACAGCCAGAACCCUCUCGGCUUGAUACAGACACUGCAGCUCCCUGUUCAUGGGGGACAACUCCAGCCGCAGACAGUCCAGUUGUCUGUCCAUGGGGGGCAACUUCAACAGCAGCCUCAGAUAGUGCAGUUCAACCCAGGGGGUUUAAUUCAAGGCCAGAACUUUAUGCUACAAGCCUUGCCUCAAGGUCAGACAUUACAAAUUCAAGGUCAGCAAGCUUUUGCUACAGGACAGCUCUCUGGACAGACGACCCUCCAGCAUGGACAGCCUAUUCAGUUCCAGCAGGCUCUUGCCACAACGCAGGCGUAUCAAGUCCAAGACCAGCAGACUCUGGCCUCGUCUCAACCUGUACAGGUUGACGGUCAGCAGUCGUUUGCCAGUGCCCAGCCGACCGACAUCCAGUGUCAACAGAAAAUCUCAACCAACCAGAUUAUACAGGUUCACGAUCAGGAUAAACUGAGCAGCAGUCAGGGUCAGGGUGAGGUGGAGUCCGAAUCGAAUGAAAACCAGCAGGAAUUGUCUUCACAGCAAGAUGUAGCAACCAGUCAGGGAAUGGAGAGCCAGCAGGGUCUGCCAUCCAGUACAACCGUCCAACAGCUUCAAGGUCAGACGCAGCUCACGUCAAGUUGUGUGGAAACAAUCCAAGUUCAGGGCCAACAGACCACAUGUAUGACGAACGGGCAGCCGGUUCAGAUACAGAAUCAGCAACUCUUCGUUCCGCAGCAGCAGAUGGCUCUAUCGGAUCAAAUUACAACAGCUCAAGGACAAUCUUUUCAAAUCCAAGGUCAAACGUUAACACCACAGAAUGUUCAGUUCCAAGGCCAGAUGACUCAGGCAAAUGGUCUCCAAGGUUUAGGACAACAGAAUUUUCAGAUCGCUGGACAAAACUGCCAAUUAUUACAACAGUUUUCCUUGCUUGGAGGUGCUCAGACAAUACAAGGCCAGGCAAUACCACAACAGGUUAUAAUUCAACAACAAGGUCAAAACCAAAUCAUUGGUAAUAUUGGGUCUUUUUACAACACUCAGACUGGACAGAUCAUUUGGCCAACCCAAACAGCCACAACCGACCCUUCACAACAACCUCAGAACAUGUACCAGGUUCAGUCUCUACCCACAGACAUCACGUCACAACCCUCAUCGGCCAGCUCCUCCCCAGCGGCGGUCCCUGUGGUGUCUCCAGCUAUUGCCAACCUGUCGACAAACACCAACGGAAUUGUGGUCGUCGGCUCACAGCAGCAGGUUCAGAUUCCUGGUUCCACGAACACGACCACAAUACAGCAGGUGCAGCUGGCAGCAGACAUUCUAGAUGAGGAAGAGCCUCUCUACGUGAAUGCCAAACAGUACCACAGGAUACUGAAACGACGACAGGCACGCGCCAAACUCGAGGCAGACGGCAAGAUAGCAAAAUCAAGAAAGGUAAGAAAGAAAUAUCUACAUGAAUCUCGACACCGCCAUGCUUUGCAUAGAUCUCGUGGUGAUGGAGGUCGGUUUUUCACCAAAAUUAAAGAAGAAGAUACCAAACCAGAUGAAUUUCCAGCUUACAAUAUCAAAAUGGAAUCAAAUAAUGCCGAGACAGACUCUUUCAAACCACUGGAAAUCAAAACUGAACCGCGGUCUCCUGAGCCUGAAUCAAACAGCACAGACGCAUCAUAUCUUGUUCCUGUGAACAGUUUGGUGCAAAACCAAAACUAUCCUGUACCAGAGCAGACAUCUUUAGAUAGUGGAUAAUAUAUAGGUGUUACAUAGUGUUUCAUAGUUGUUUCAUAGUUGUUUAUCAUUUAUAGCACACUAUACAUUUCCUGCUGCUGUACAUUGCAUAUGUAUUUAUAAUAAUAUCAAAUACUGAUAUUUGAACAUUGAGUUAUCAAAGUAUAUAUACCUCUUAAGACUUUUAACACAGUCUGAGGUUUAUCAGAUUUAGCAUUAUAGUUCCAUUCUUUAUCCAUUUACUAUAGGUUGGAAAGUGGAUUGAAAUAAUUAUAUGGGAGGAGAUAGUCAUUGAAGAAUUGAAAUCUGUUGAAAUACUGACCAUUUCUCAAGCAUUUUGCUCAGAUCAGUGUUUUAGUAUCUUUUCUCACUGUAAUGUAUUCAAAAUAAAAAAGGAAUUUUUUUCCGGGGGUGUGGGGGGCUUUGCAUCAGUUUUAUUAGGACAUUUAUGAGGUCCAUAUAUAAUCCUGGUUUUUUAAUGCUAGUAAUCAAAGAAUUUACAUUUAUUUUAUUGUUAAAAUACUUUCUAAAUAGAUUUCUAAGAUAAAUGAUUGUUAUAGUUUGAUGAAUCAGUUACAAAAUGCAUUGAAAUAAUUCAUGGUUAUGAUAGGUUGCUAUUUUAAAAAAAUAAUAAUGUAUUUGCAUUUAUGUUUCAUAUGUUUUUUAAACUGCAAUCAUUUUAAAUUGCUGUUACCUCUUGAACAAGUUAUUUUAAGUGACAUUUGUUAGUACAGUGAUGUUUAUUUUAGGCAAAAAGAUCUAUUCAUGUUGUUAACAUUUUGCUUCAUUUUACAUUGAAAUGUAAGACUUAUGUUAUUGUUUUGUAUUAGGGAUGUUCUGUUUUCAUUUGUUCUUAUUCAUGAAAUGUGACAAAAUUACACCACCUACCGAGAUUAAAUUAUAUGUGUAUUUAAAUGUAACAAAAAUGAGGGACAAAAGAGAUUUGUAAUUCAUCAAAGAAAUCCCUUUGGCUGAUGGGAAUAACUAAUCUCGUUGAAAGACACCUAUAAAACAAAGAGGUAAAAAAGUGAUGAUGUUAUUGAACAUUCUGUUAUACAUCUGAAGUUUAUGAAACAAUUAGAUUGUCACUAUUAGGUUAAGGUGUACCUGGACAUACAACACUAAUUUGUUAAAUGUAAUUCUAUUUUGCUGAAGUGUGGUCUCAAAUGCAUGUACAACAUGCCAUUUUUUGAGAGCAUACAAAUCCAAAUAUCUUGCAAAACCUGUGUAGUGAUAUGAACAUAAUAUUCCAACAUCACAGCGUGAACAUUCAGGCACAUGUUGAGGACUUUUUGAUGGGGUGGGUUUAGACUGGCGAACAAUGUUUAUAGAGGCGGGCCGAGUCAUGCCCCACAGAAAAUAUAUUGAAAAGAACAAAAUUUUCUUGAGCAGGGUGUACAAGCUUAAAAAAACCCACACCUGAUGUCCGAGUUUGACAUUUUCUAGACCCACCAUCCUCUACACAAGGGCUAUUUUAUGCUAAAUAGCACAAUGUUAGUUAUUAGAUUAUUUUUCUGUUUUGAGUUAACAAGAGAUGUUAAGUGAUGGGGAGCUGUGAUAAGGCUUUCAUGAUCUGUGUCAGUGUAAAUAGAUUUUCUAAUUUAUAAAACAUUGCAUUGCAAGUUUCAUUUCAAGUUGUUCACCAUACUCAUAUUUGAAAUAGUAAUUCAUUCCACGGCAUAUUUUGUAUUUUUGUAGUUAGUUUUUUUUUGAUUGAUUUACAUUAGUUGUGUUGUUAAUCAUGCAAGCACAUUCAGAAUAGAGAGAAUGUCACUUAAUUAGCUUGAAUUAUUAUUCCCUACAAAUACCCUCUGCCCCACAUUUAUUUUUGGUAGUAAUAUACAUCUACAUAUUAUUCAUCUUUUUUUUUUGUCUUGCGUUUACAAAAUAAAAGGCAAGAUAUAGAUAUUACUUUUUUCGAUGACAGCAGUUAUGGUAUCAACCUUUACAGUAAGGUUUCAUUUCUAGAUCAGUUUCUCACAAACUAAACAGGGUCAGCUUUGUGUAAGCAGACAAUUUCACCAAAUUAACUAUAGUAAAAUUGAAAGAAAGCAGAAAACCUGUUAUUUUCUAAUAAAAUCUCAAUUAUUACAUGAAAUUUAUUUCGCCAAAUUAAAAUAAAAUUUGCCAAAUACUUUUAAAAUUUGCAGUUGGUAAAUUUGGCGAGUACCAGAAGUUGUAAGUCAUUGAAAUUUGCUUUAUAGUUGCACCUAUACUAAAAAAAAAGUGUAUGGUAAGAAAGAUAUUUAAUUCAGCAAAAUUCUUGUGUUUUUUAUGCCACUGGCAACAUGUAGUGCAAUAUCAUCAUGUACAUGUAUACCAAUGCUAUCUACAGGAUCCCUGUCAGUUAUUGGUGACACACAACACAAGAAACUGGUUGUAGUAUUUGUGUUACCUGUUGGAAUACAUAAGUAGUAUCCUGAAAAAUUUCUCUCCCCUUCUUGGCCUUGGUUUCUUCAAAUGGGUUAUCUGUUAUGUUGGUCCUCUGUACAGGCAUCUAAGAAAAUGUUUGGGGUUUAUUCUUAUUCCCAAUUUUUUUAAAAACAAAGUUAUUUGUUACGGGUAAUACACUGCAUUGACAGGCAUUGCCUGAUAUAUUUAUUCAAUAAAUUAAAAUGCACAGUAUGGAUUUGGGUACAAAAUAACAUGUUCAUCAUAUCUGUUUUCUUGAAAUGUAUGUCUCAUAUUUGAAAUAAUAAACUUAAAUAAAAUUGAUAACCAGUGAUUCAAGGGUGGACCCACCCCAAUCCCCACCCACCCAAAAAAAUAAUUCAAAUGCCCAUUUUGAAAGAUAAUUUGUGUACAAUUUUUAUUUCAUGAAUGUCAUAUUUUUAAAGGGUGCCAAAGUGGUCAAUGUGGCCAUUUGUUGUGGAUCCACCCUUGUGUUUUGUUCAGUAGAUUUUGUCCAAUAUUGAGGUUUGUGUAGUUGUGCACACUCAUGUUCCCAGAAUAUUGAAUGUGUUUUACUUGUUUUACAUAUAUAUGUGUGUGUGUGUGUGUGUAAAUUUGAACAUUUUAGGUGUAACUUAAUGUCAUGCAUCAUCAUUAUCGGGGUAUGUAUUAUAUUUUAGUUUUAUUUUAAAAUUUAAUAGCUACAUGUAUUUUAAUGUCACCUCAUUAUACAUUAUAUUAUGUCUCUAUCAAAAGUUAUCCAAAACUAGAUGUGCAAUUACAUAUCAUCUGUUAUUGUGUUGAAUGUAAAUAGUUAUAUUUUCAAGUGCUAUGUCUUAUGAAAAAUAAUAGAGGCUGUAAAAUGUAUUGAAUUCAAAAUGUAUUUUAAAAUAUGUCCAAUUUUAAAGGGUUUUUUUUGUUCCUUAUGGUUACAUAAAUAACAGAUACAAGACAAAAGUCAGUUGUAUAUUCGUAGCUACUAAAAGUCCCUGGUCUAAUAAAUUGAUACAGUUAUUGGAAUCACUAUUUUUUUCACACUGUUGACGGUGUCCUCCAAUUUUAGCAGUAAAUACAAUCAAUAUCUAAUUAGUAAGCUGACAAGAAGGUUGUUAAGUAGAAACCAUUAAAGGGGCACAUUCAACUCUUACUUUGAAGUCGUCGUAAUUUGUUGUUUUUGAUGGCUUGUGGAAUUAUUUCUGUUUUGAUCAUGCUGUAAAUUGUGACAGAACUACAAACGUUUUUUGUUGUGAAAAAUAACUGAAAUCUUUUGAGUUUGCCUGCUUAACUGUGCAGUAUGUUUCCUAAUAGCAUAUUAAUAUUGUAUCACUUAGGGAAUAUUAACAGCCUGGGGAUUUUGAACUAUUUGUUAAUAUACAACUGACUACUGUCAUUUUCAUUUGCUGGUUCAUGUAGCCAAUUUCUAAUCUUGCCAAUCAGAUGUUGAUACUAACAUAGAAGUGGAUAUGAAGGCCACCAAGGUUGGCCCAUGUGUUUGAGUGGUAACAGAGCCAGUAAAUCCAAAAGUAAAAUGAAUGAAUGUUUAACGACACCCCAGCACCAAAAGUAAAAAUGCAAAGGCUGAUUGUGUUCAUCAACUUUGUAAAAUUAACUAUUCUAACUAUAUUUUUCCUUGAAUAGAUUUAAUAAUAUCUUUCUUCCACUUUUUCAUAUCUGGUCUUGCACAUUACAAUUUUAGUAUGAUACUGUAUAUGUUAUACAUUAUUUAUUAAAAGAUAAGACUUUUUGUGUUUUUAUCAUAGUCCCAUUUGUAUAUUUUUUGUAAUAUACAUAUUUCAGUGUUUGUUGCGUUAAGUAGGUUAAUUGAAACUGAAUACAACUGCCUAUAUCAGUACCCAUGAUUUACUAUAUGAUACUGAAUGCAACUGCCUAAAUCAGUACUUUUGAUUUACUAUAUGAUACUGAAUGCAACUACCUAAAUCAGUACCCAUGAUUUACUAGUACAUGCAUUAUAUGCUUGCAUAUAUUCAAAACUACGUUCUCAAAUGGUUGAUAAUGUAUUCUCAUCACACCACACCACCUGGCAAGGAGGAGUUUGCUUGGGAACAUGUUGUUGCUUCUUCAAGUCUUUCAUGAAUCCGUUCUCUGUACUGGAACAAAAGUAUUACAGACCAGGGCACCAUUAUUUCACUGUGUUCAAAAUUAGUAACAUGUUGAAUUACAGUUACAAAACUGAAAUUUUGGCAUGAUGUAAUGUCAUCCUAUUUAAUAAAAAGAAGCUUAAGCAACAUAUUUACCAGAUAUUGAUUGCAGAUUAUACAUCUAGUUGCAUCAUAAAUGAAAUGAAAGAAAUGAUUUGUCUAAGUAGAAGCUCACUACAUUUUAAAGUAUGCUAUUAGGUGCAUUCUGUCUUCACAGCAUACUUAAACAAUUGUUCAUUUUCAUUGUGUUCAUUUUUUCUUGUAUGUAAUGUUUAACAAAGAUUAUUUGUUUUUACAAAUUUUUCUUUAAGAAAAAACGUUUACUGCCAGUCCAUAAGAACAAACUUUAUUAAAUUUUUCUAUAUU